AUGGAAACUAAGCGACAGAUAAGCAGAUCUCACUCUAAAGAAAAGGAGCAUUAUAAAACCUUCAAAGAUCAUCAUCGAAGGACCGAUAGAUCUCAUAAGAGAUCAAGAAGACAUAAAAGCAGAUCUAGAAGUAGCAGUGAGUCAUCAUAUGAUAGAGAUCGCAGAAGAAAGAGAAGAAAUCAUUCUAGUUCAAGAAGCAGAAGUGAUAGUAGGGAUAAUGUGCGCAGUAAAAGAAAUGAUAGAGACAGUAAGAGACAUCAUUAAGAUCGCAGACAUGAUGAUAGAGGAAGAGAUAAGGAUAGGGAUAGAAGAGAUGAUAGAGAAAAAAAUUCAACAAAUAACAACAACUAUAGAGACAGUAAUAAUGGGUAGAAACGAAAUGAUCCUAGAGAGGAGACUAAAACUGACAGUAAGGCAUUGACACUACCAGAUAGAAGACCAGAGGAUUUUGAAUUGGCCUCGAUGAAGCCAGUUGUGCCUGUUUAAAGAGAGCCUAAGAACGCCAUGAUGCCUGCUGCCGCCGGAGGUGUAUAUAUUCCCCCCUUUAGACUGAAGGCAAUGCUUGAAGAACUUAAAAACAAGGAAAAAACUUCAAUGGAGCAUUAGAAGUACAUGUGGGAAAUGCUUAGGAAAUCAAUUAAUGGUAUUAUCAAUAAAGUCAACACUUCAAACAUCCAAAAUAUCAUCCUAGAACUAUUCAAUGAAAAUCUGCUGAGAGGAAAGGGUCUUCUUGCCAGAGCAAUUAUGAAAGCUUAAAUGGCAUCUCCUAACUUUUCUCAUGUAUAUGCAGCACUGCUGGCUGUAAUUAACACAAAGCUUCCAGAUUUAGUCAGACUCAUUAUCAACAGAUACAUCAUUUAGUUCCAAAGAGCUUAUAAGAGGAAUAACAAGAUUGUAUGCAUGGCUACUACAAGAAUGAUGGCUCAUAUGGUUAAUUAGCAGAUAGUUCAUGAACUACUAGGAUUAGAACUACUUACUUUGAUGCUAGAGAAUCCUACAGAAGAUUCAGUUGAAAUUGCAGCUGACUUUAUGAUUGAAUGUGGUCAAGUACUCACAGACAUUACCCCUGCUGGAGUGAAUGCAAUUUUCGAGAGAUUUAGGACUAUUUUGCACGAGGGAGAAAUAGCCAAGAAAGUGCAAUACACUAUUGAGAAUUUAUUUGCCAUCCGUAAAACGAGAUUCGCUGAGCAUCCAGGAGUAAUUCCUGAACUUGACUUAGUUGAGGAAGACGACAAGAUCACUCAUGAUGUUUCACUUGAGGAGCAGAACCUAGAUGGCUAAGAGGAAACCAAUGUGUUUAAUUUCGAUGCCAAUUACGAACAGACUGAGACUGAAUGGGACGAGAUUAAGAAGGAAAUCCUAGGAGAAGUUGAGGAUGAGAGAAUGAAUAAGAUUGGUGCUGGCAUAGUCAGAGGGGCAGAGGAGGAGUCUUCGGAAGAAGAGGAGGAAGAAGAUAAAAAUUAAAUAUUGGAUUUCACUGAGAAAGAUUUAGUUAACUUGAGAAGAACUAUCUAUUUGGUAAUCAUGUCAUCUGUCGACUAUGAAGAAUGCUGUCACAAACUUCUCAAACUGAACAUAAGAGAGGGUUAGGAAAUGGAGCUGUGCAACAUGAUCCUCGAAUGUAAUAUGCAGGAGAGAACCUACCUCAGAUUUUACGGACUGCUUGCCUAGAGAUUUUGCUAGCUCAACGAAAUCUAUCAAUAAAAGUUUCACGAGCUUCUGAUGAAACAGUACGUGACUGUGCAUCGCCUAGAGAUAAAUAAACUACGUAACGCCGCUAAAUUCUUUGGGCACUUGCUUUACACGGAGUCAAUCGAUUGGACGUGCCUUACUUGCAUAAGAUUGACUGAGGAUGAUACCACUGCUUCAAGCAGAAUUUUCAUAAAGAUCCUCUUCUAGGAGUUGGCAGAGAAUCUCGGAAUGGAAAAGUUCAAGCAAAAGCUAGCUGAUGAAUCACUACAGCCACACUUGCAAAACUUAUUUCCAACAGACUCAGUAUAGAAUGCUAGGUUCAGUAUUAACUUUUUCACCAGCAUUGGAUUAGGAGCAAUCACUGAAAAUCUUAGAGAGUUCUUGCAAAAUGCUCCAAAGCUAUUGUUGGAAAAGAAAUAUGCUGAGCUCCUUGCCAAGGCCAAUGCAAGUAGUUCUGAUAGCAGCAGUAGCGACAGUGAUUCAUCUUCUGAUGAUGACUCUGAUUCUUCAUCUUCAGAAUCUGAAUCUGAAAAACAUAAAAAGAAUAAAAAGAAGAGUAGAAGAUGA